UGUGAUACAUGUUUGAAUACAAUACUUUGCGAAGAGAGUUUCCGUGAAAUGGUAAAUAUGACAAGUAUUAACGUCAACGUCGUCAACUGUCAAAAUUCGCUUGUUAACCUCAUCAACUUUCCCUCAAAAACAUUUUCCAUUUAUUUCUCAUUCUCAUUAGUAGAUGAAAAGUUAAACUAUACAACACUACACGAUGAAUCACUCAAAAAAUGAGAACUCUUCAUCUCCUGGGUUUGUUUACUUCAACAACAGUAAUUAUCAAAGCCCUAACGACACGGGGGACUUCUUGUCCUUUAAUAAUACACCACCACAAAAGUCGCCAAACAAUAAAUUUUCGCCCAGUGGCUACAGCAGCCCCAACUCCAAACACCAUUGUAGUCCUAACACCUUCCAACGGACACCGAACUUUCAUAAGAGUCCAAGGAAAUUCAAUCUAAAGAACACGUUUCGAUAUACUGGAGGAAGGCAUUCAGGAAGCAGGUCAUUCAACAAAUCGAGCAGUAGUGAAUUUGAUUCUAGCUUUAGCAAUACUCCACCUCAUUCUAACUACAAAGUUUCAUCAAGAGGAAAUCAUUCACAGGGAACACAUAGACACAAUCAACCUCACCAACCAGUAAUAGUAAAUGGGCAUGAUGUGAGCAUGUUCAUAGACCACAGUUGCUUUGAAAACCCAUGGGAAGAGCUGGAACGUCAAUUAGAAGAGGCAGAAAGCUCCAUUGUUGCAGCUCCAUUGGAUGAGGAUCAAAAUACAGAAGCCAAAGAAGAGUCUUCAACAUCAGACAAUGGAUCAAGUAGUAGUGAGGAGGAAGAACAAAAAAAUGGAUAGCAGUCAAAGAUAGGUUAAAAAGUGAUGAAGUUCAACACCUAACAUAGUUUGUUUUUACUUUAAAUGAGUGAUUCAUUUAUGUAUAAUAUUUUAAUUUUUAUGACAACAGAUAUGUUUGUUUUUAGAGUAUGAAAUAAAGGGUAUCUGAAACUUGAAGGAUAAUCCAGCAACUGGAAAUAUGAUACACAACUGUUCUGCAAAAUUUUGUUAUGUUAGAUUGUUGCUAUUUCCACAAAUAUCAAUCCUUUUGAGGCAGUUGUGUUUCGAAAUAUUCACAAAUGAUUGUUUCAUCGCAAUCAGUGUUGUUUAAUUCUAAUGUUAUAGCAAAAUCCACAAAAUUAUUCUAAUGCAACAUUUCAAUGAAAACACUAAAACCCUGACUCGCUGCAGUAGCUAAGAAUGGGCUAUGAUCACCACCAAAUACUUUAAAAAGUUACCAUUCUCUUAAUGGUACUAUUGUCCAACAUUUUGUUAGCUCUUUUCUUUUUUAUAGCAAUUUUAGAUUCGUCAACUGAUUUGAACAUUUAAAAACUGAUUUUAAUGUGAACAAGAUGUAAUGGCAUUUUACCAUGCAACUGUACUAUAGAAUCCAUUUCUGUCUGAUACAUAUUGUCUUUUAGGCAAUUCUAAUAAAAAACUCCAAUGGAUUCUGAUCCGGCGAUCUUGGUGAUAGUAAUUUUAGAUUCGUCAACUGCCUGGAAUAUUAAAAAACUGAUUUUAAAGCGAACAAAAUGUAAUGGCUUUUUGGGACGUAAAAUGGCACUGAUCACUUAGUAUAACAAUUCCAACACCUAGAGAUACAGACUUAACCAGAAAUCAACAUUAUCCAUGCAAGUAGAAUGGACGCCUUGGUCCUAUCCAUUGGAACUAAGUUCUCCAGACCUAAAUCCAUUGGAUUUCAUUGGAGUUGCCUUAAAGAUAAUUUCUAUUAAACAGGGGUGACUUCUGUAACACAGUUAUGUACGAAAAUCAGAUGGACCUCUCGGAAAAUCUCGCAAAGGGGGUAUUCUCUCAAACUAAAAAGAUAAUUUAGUAAAACGUGCAGAGCAUGCAUAAGGGGCAAUGGUGGUCAAUUUGAACACUUACUCUAAAUAAUUGAAUAAAAACUAGCCAUUACAAUAUCAAAAAUGUCCCUCAUUCCUUAUUUAUACCAUACGAACAUUUUUUAAUAUUCAAGAAACAAGACGAUCCUCCAUAAAAUUGCUGUAAAAAAAUAGCCAACAAAUUGUUAAAAAAACAUUUCAAUUCUGAAAAUCACAUUUUAAAGUAUCUGGCACGAUGAUCCUACUUAUUCUGUAUUACUGCAGUAUGUCAAUGUAAGACAUUCAAAUUGGUUUUCGUUGAAAUGGUGCAUUAGAAUAGUUUUACCUGAUGGUUUUGCUAAAACGUAACCUCUUCAGACCCAAAGCAAUUCUACUUCUAAACGAUUAUUGAUUUUUUAGUCAGGUUAUUGUUUAGACAUACAAAAGCCAAGCGCCAAUGUAUUUUUCAAAAAUUUUAUUCCCAUUUUGAAAAAAUCAGGUAUCACAAAGGAUACUUUGGGUCUCUAGGCAUACAAAAAAAAAAUGUCCAAGCAAAUGAAAAAAAUGUCAGCUAUUUGUGAAAAGUUGAAAAACAGUUUCUUUCGACGCUACAACAUAAAUACACUCCACAAGAUUUACAUUUUGCAAAAGUUAGUUUAUCGCACGUAGGCAAACGGCAUUUGGAUCGAGAUUUCUGUUUGUCUUUCAUAAAUUCUACCAAAUGUGUAUUUCCCUGAAUCCUGCAUCUCUUGUCGGGAAUGGGUUGGACGCUUUGUCGUUUGUUCCCUGGUUGAACUUCUUCUUCAGAUUCUAUAUCUUCCUGGUCUUGAUUUUCUAAUACCAGUGUUUUGGCAACAGAUAGUUUGAAAUCAAAAUAAUCCAUAAUAUCCUUUCUACGUAAGCCGUCAGCUUUGGCAUUUUCACAGCAUUCCAGCCAGCCUGCUGCUACUGAGAAAUCGAUAAAAUGAAAAAUAGUUCGCACAGUCCAUUUGUUUGUCCGAUUUCUCAUUGCAUAUUUUCCAAUUACGCGAUCUAGAAGGGUCUACUCCACCCAUAUAAGCAUUGUAGUUUUUAACAACUGCUGGCUGUUUGACAUCAACACGCUUUUUCUCAACCUUAGACCACCUACUACAAGUUCCUUCUGGGUCCACGCCAAUGCAGGAUGAAGCAAAGUUUACAGGUUUGUUAUCGAACCACUUCAUGAGUAUUAUUUUGCCGUCGUCCCGCACAAGGUGAUCAUAGCUUCCUCUCUCUUUCUUUUUCAGUUCGUUGUCAGGUAGAAGACUAGCACUUUUAGGAAUUCUAUUAGCCAUUAUCGUUCCGGCUAAAGUAAUGCCACGUGAGGAAAGAAAAUCUAUCAGGGGGAUCGAAGUGAAAUAUCUGUCUGUGAAUACUGAAACUCCUACAGGAAGAGUAUCUGCCAAUUUAAGGACCAUUCUCCCCCCAACGUCCAAUUUUUCUGGGGCUGCUAAUAACGCCGAUUCCACCAAUGAGCCCUUACCUUCAUAGAUGUGAAAAUCAGGCGGGACUCCAGUCGGAGUUGCCAUUACGAAGUCUUUGAGGCCUACUGGGUUAGGCUUACCACGCACAAAUUGUCUCAUGGUGACUUGGCCAGCAAAGGGUAUCAUCUGUUCGUCGAUGGACACCUUGCUAGUUCUUUCAUUCAUGCGACAUCCUUUUUGUACUCUGUCAAGGAGAGGUCUUACCUUCCAGAAUCUAUCAAGCGAUUUGGCCUCUGCGGAUACCCGAUUGUCAUCUACAACUUUUAAACGAGAGCGUAACUUGAAAAAUCGAUUUCUUGUAGUGUUAUCCGACACUAUGGGUACCCUAGUGCUGUUAGCCCAAAACAUCCGCAAACGUGGAAGUGAAUAAAUUCCUAUUAGCAUGGUACAGCCAAAUAAUUUUCUAAUCUCGCUAGCAGUAGUAUCCAAUGAAUGUCCUGUUUCUCUUACUUCCCUCAUAUUUGUAAGUUCAGAAACACUUUCAAAGAAGUCAUCACUGAUUUAUUUUUGAAAAUAUUCAGAAGGUCUUCCAACUUGGUCGCUGUAAUUUAUAGAAUCCAUGUGGUUCGGCGGAACAAAGACUUUAUUGCGAAUCCACUUUUUGGAAUGUGAUGGAAUUAAACUCGCUAGGGGCAGGUCAUCUUCAGAAUCGAAACCAUCAUCGGGCUCUGGAUUGUCUUGGUCAUCAAAAGCUUGCUCGUCCAACAAAUCCUCCUCAAGGUUAUCACCAUCAAGGUCAUCUUCACUAAGAAGUUCUUCAUCUAUAUCAGAGUUAUUUAGAUCUAUAGCAUCAGCCAAUUCUUGAAGCUCUUUUCAGUCAAAGGGCCUGAAACAAUACAAUUUCUAUAAAGUAAUCUUUAUCUAUCUUUUUCUUGUUUUUUUUUUAAUUGUAUUGCUAGAGACCCAAAGUAUCACCUGCGAUACUUCUUCUAUAUCGUCUAGUCGGCACCUUUAGCGAGAACGUUCAGCGCAAUAAAAUAGCAUACUUACAUUAAGGAACAUUAUAACAACUAUUUAAAACGAAAUAUAUUCAGGAAUGAAUUGUACUUACGUCUAUUUUCAUUAAAAGUCAUCCCCACGUGUUUCACACAACCACAUCAACAUGUAAACAAACGCCCACUGUCGACGCACUGAGCAAAACGAGCGCGAAAUAAAUUCUACGCAUGCGUUGACUGUGUAUCGCAUGUGAUACUCUUAGGACCGAACAAAUUCAUGCGGUCUAAGCGCGAUAUAAAAAAUAAUUUUCACGACUAUCAUAUAUGAUACCCUGGGUCUGAGGAGGUUAAGAAAAACAACACUGAUUUCGAUGAAACAAUUACUUGUGAAUAUUUUGAAACAAACCCGAGUCAAAAAAAAUUGAUAUUUGUUGAAUUGGCAACAAUUUAACUAGACAAGUGUGGAUUUUUGCUAAAAAAUGAUUGCUUUAUAUCUCGAAAACCAUGAUACUUUUGACUAAAAAAAUGUUUGCCAAACAGUAACUCAUGAUGUGACUUGUUUCCAGGGUUAUCCUUCAAUGUCCGCACACCCUGUAUAUAGCAGUUGUCUGAUUUGGCGACCUUUGCCAUAUAUUUCAGUUAGAUUGGCUACAGAUGCUGGCGACGUCACCAUGGCCUCCCGGUGAGGGAGAGCUCUUAUGUACGGCUAGGAAAAAGACAUUACAUUCUAUUUUUUAUUUAAUACACUGGCGGGAUUGCCUUCAUCCCCAAGUGCCUUUUUUUGUGUUGUAUGAACAUAAUUCAUGGUCAUGAAAUUUGUAGAAGCUAGAUCACACUUGUAUGGCCCUGCAGUCGUUCGUUUGUAGUUAAUGACGAAGGAUUGGCAUUUUACUAUACAUUUUUCUUUUAAGUGUUAUAAACUUGGUGUAGGUUGAACGGUCAUAUUACUCAUACAUAAAUACUCACAAGGACACUUCAAAAAGACUGGAUCACACCUGCAUGGCACAUCAGUGCUUUUUCUCUUAAGUUUUGAUGGUCUACUUUAACAAUUUUUACAGCUGUUUAUAAUAAUAAUAAUUCCGGCUUUAUUAUGGCAAGCAUAAGCAGCCAUAGAACUAUGCGACAAAGCAGUCUGAAAAUCAGCAGUGUAAAUAAUUACGAAAAGUAGAUGCCUCAGAAUUAUAUGCUGGGGAUUUCCUGAAACAAUUUGUUCACUCAUAAUAUCAGGGCAUCUAAUAUUCUAAAAAAAAAAAAACGAAAAAACACGUUGCUAAGUAUUACUCGCGUAGGUGAAAAAAUCAUCGUCUUCGACUCGGAUUUUUGUUGCAACCAGCAACAGAAGCAUGAGUUCUUUUUAAAAAAAUAUUACUUUGCAUUGUUUUUUCGAUUUUUUUCACAGGAAAAAAUUAGAUGCCCGAAUGGUAUUUGACUAUUGCAUGAGUAACAGAUUAUUUCUGGUGUCCUAGGUAACCAUAAUUACUUGUUAUCAAUGGUAUUUUAAUUUUUGGUGACAAUAGCCGUCAAGUUUUGCCGCGAGUCAACUCGAAAAAACUGCUGACAAUUUUUCCAUCUAGAUACCAUUUGUAAUUUAACACAUCGACUGUCCAAUGAGCCACAUAUGGCUCAUGGACCACAUUCUCCAUGCGUCCAUGAGCCUUAUGUGGUACAUAAAUUCAUACAACUUUUAUAAGUUGGACGUGGUAGUAGGCACACAUUUUUUGUAUGUGGAUGUAAGAAUAUUUCUUACUCGACACUUUAAAAAAAAUAUUAAAAUCAAAUAAAAAAUAAAGAUUUUACAAAACUUUUUUUUUCGGUUUAAUAGGUAAAAACGUACAUUACUAACAUAUAUCUAAUGGUUUUCUCCAAAGCAGGGCACGCAAAAUGCUUGAUUGCAGGAUUUGCAGAUAGUGUUGACCCUCUUAGCUUUUUCUGCAGAUUCUGAUGCCGAAUAGUUUCCGCGCAGUUUCCCCAUAGCAUCCGUGGCAACGCUUUCUGUAGAGUUUGUUAUUAUCUCUAGGCAGUUCAUCCAGUAUGUGAAUAGUUUUUUUGGUCUUGCCUCCAGAUCCGCCAUCGUUAUUAGAUUUUCUUUUUAACAUCUCGCUUAUUAUCUCAUUUGCAAAAGAGAUAGUUGUUCUUUUUUUGGACGUUGUGCAUUAUAUUUAAUCAGAGUGUUUACAACGAGUGUUCCACAAAUAAUCUCUAUGGCGAGUUUUUUAUACCAUGUCAAUGACUUUCUCAGACAAGUGUAGUAGCUGGCAAACUGAUCAGAUAUUUCAACCCCUUGUUUUCCAUUAU